AUGGUCUCACCAUUCAGUACGAGUAUUCGCGACAAAUCUAGCGCUCAGAUCAAAGUGGAGCCGAAGAGCAAACAAACGAAUCCAGUGAUGACUUCUCUGGACAUCACCGGAACUGAUGAGCAAAUAGAGGAAGCGUUUGAACUCAUCAACAAAGAAAUCGCAUUAAGAGAUAGUCAGCAAAACAGAUGCCAACAAAACUAUAGCCAAAUGGCAAUACCCGUCACCAAACCGCUUACCAUUGAUAUAGAGGCCAGUGAUUCACCACUAGAUUUGGAUCAUUACUUCUCGCGACUCAAUCGCAUCGGUGUUAACGAAGUGUUUGUGUCGGCCGUCAAGAGUCCCGACGAGUUCUACGUCCAAAUCGCUGGCGUCGGCGCUCAACACUUGGAUCUAUUGGUCGAAGAGAUCACUGCUUUCUAUAGCAAUGAAGACAAUAGGAUCUGCUUUAAGCCGACGUCUGUGCGAAUGGGAGACAUCGUUGCCGUUCCCUUCCCUCACGACGACCACUGGUAUAGGGCUCGAGUGGUGGCCAUCGAAACCUCUCUCGAAUCAGAAGUGGAAUCAACGGUUAAUGUCUUUUAUGUGGAUUAUGGCAACCAAUUAGUGCUCGAAUACAACCAAAUCUGUACUCUUAAGGAUCAGUUCUUAAGGAGACUUCCAUUUCAAGCGAUGUGUUGUUCACUAUAUGGUGUCCAACCCAAUGAUCACCUGAAUUGGUCUCAACAGUCGAUUCAGAAGUUUCAAGAGUUAUCACAUUUGGAGAAAUGGAAGCCUUUGUUCGCUAAAGUGAUUGAAAUGAAGAUAAUUGACGGCAAACACGAGAUAUAUUGCAUUGAUUUGAUUGAUAAGAAUCCAGACAUUAGUGGUAAUGAAGAGUCGAAUGAUGAUGACUGGGACGACAAUACAAAUGUUAUGCAUUUGAAUAUCGCUCUCGAAUUGAUUGCCAAAGACUUUGCCAUUGCUUGCGAUGACUCGAAAGAUAUAUCUAUUCUAAAAGCAAACGAUUUCAGUAUUGAUGACUACGAAGAGGUGAAAAACUCGCGAAACUUUACGGGAAAAGUAGUUUUGGUGACCGGAAGUAGUUCUGGCAUUGGGGAGGGCAUUACGAAACUAUUUUCAGUAUUGGGCGCCAGUGUUGUGGUCACCGGUAGGAAAGAGGCGGACGUUCAGAGAGUGGCACAAGAAGUGGAAAAGUUGUCUCCUUAUAAACUAAAGCCAUUACAAGUGGUCGCGGAUCUAACCAAACCUCAAGACGUCGAGCAUCUGAUCAACGAAACGAUUAAAGCGUUUGGAAAGUUAGAUGUAUUGGUGAACAACGCCGGGAUAUACCCGACCUCAAGCAUCGGUGAUAGCAAUUUGAUGGAGGAAUGGGAUCAGGUGUUCAACAUUGACUUGCGGGCUGUCGUACAGCUCAUUCAUACAGCACUUCCACAUUUAGAGGCUACUAAUGGUACCAUAAUUCACAUUUCGAGUAUCGCUGGCAUAGCACCGACGGCUAAUAUGGUUGCCUACAGUUCAGCCAAAGCGGCGCUGGAUAUGCUGACCCGGGUAUUAGCCCUCGAGUUAGGAUCAAAAGGGGUCCGCGUCAAUGCAAUCAAUCCGGGUGCUACAAAGAUGGGCCAAAUACCUGAUGUGUUAUAUGAACUGGUUGUCAAACACACACCACUGGUGGUGGCAGAUCUGGCAAAGGAUGCGGACGUCGAGCGUGUGUUCAAUGAGACGGUGAAGACAUUCAAGCGAUUGGAUGUAUUGGUGAACAACGCCGGGUCCUACCAUUCAGCCAAUGGAACCGAUAAAGACUUUGUCGAUAUACUCCAGAAAUCCGAGAAAGUGGACGUCCACUCAGCUCUACAUCUCAUACGACUCAGUGUUCCCUAUCUGGCAGAGACUAAGGGACGGGUAGUCAACAUCAGCAGUACAUACACACAGAGACCGCAAGUGUCGUACUUAGCGUAUGAAAUAUCCAAACAGUCACUGGAAAUGGUCACUAAAGUACUGGCCCUAGAAUUGGCUCCAAAGGGCAUACGAGUCAAUACUCUGAGCGUAGGAGUGGUGCAGUCGUCCCCCAGGAGUGAUAUGCCGGCCGAUACGUUGGCGAUGUUUGAUAGGGUCGAGAAGAUUACGCCACUCGGGAGGGCCCGCAAUAUAGAUAUGGCUAAAGGAGUGGUGUUUCUGGCCUCCAGUGACGCCGACUUUAUAACCGGACACAAUCUGGUCGUUGACGGAGGACUCAAGUAUAAUAUGACCUCAACAUUGAAUAAACAUUAA